AAACUGGAGAGCGAGAGAAGACAACAGGAGUGGCGCUGGAGAGAGACGACGACGAUGAUGAUGAUCGGGCGAGGUGUCACCCUUCACAAUCCGACGGUCCACGUGCCACCCUGGUCCUCUUUCGAUGAUUCGAUGGCCGGCGACGGCCUCCCCGACGAGGCCACGCUCGCGGCGCUGCAGCUCUACCUCCGCCGCGAGGAGGAGGCGGGGGAGGACAACGCUCGGUUGGUGGACGCGUACGCAUCGGACGAGUUCAGGAUGUACGAGUUCAAGGUGCGGCGGUGCGCCCGGGGGCGCGCCCACGACUGGACCGAGUGCCCCUUCGCUCACCCGGCGGAGAAAGCCCGCCGUCGCGACCCUCGGAAGCACCGAUACUCCGGCUCCGCCUGUCCGGACUUCCGCAAGGCCAGUGGGUGCAAGCGCGGCGACGUAUGCGAUCUUGCCCACGGGGUGUUCGAGUGCUGGCUCCACCCCGAUCGCUACCGCACCCAGCCCUGCAAAGACGGAACCGCCUGCCGCCGCCGCGUUUGCUUCUUCGCCCAUACCCCCGAUCAGCUCCGUGUGGUGCCUCCACACCAUCAGCAGAGCUCGCCGACGGCAGCAGCCGCUGGCGUCGACUCCUACGACGGGUUGCCUCUUCACCAGCAGUCGUUCAUGCAGCCUUAUCUUCCCAAGAAUCUUGUCUCCUCGCCAACGUCGGUGCGGAUCUCGCCGCCCAACUCCCCGCCGACGGAGUCGCCGCCGAUAUCACCCAACGGCGCGCAGCUGGGUUCAUGGCAUGCUGGCUCGUCGGUGAACGAGAUCGUGGCGUCGCUGAGGCAGUUACAGCUCAGCAGGGCCAAGUCGGCGCCAAGCUCCUGGGGGUUGCAGGUGGGUAGCGGUGGGUUUGCCUCGCCAAGCGCGUUUGCAGGAUUUAAUGCUGGCUUCUGCAGCCUGCCAUCGACUCCGACGGCUAGUACGAUGAUAUGUGGCGAUGCCAGGUGGCUGGAGGAAGUGGAGCCGGCGGAGAGGGUGGAGUCCGGGAGGGCUCUGAGGGCGAAGAUGUUCGAGAGGCUGAGUAAAGAGAACAUUUUUGAGAAGGCAGAGGCCGCGCCGGACGUCGGGUGGGUGUCAGAGUUGCUGCAGUAGCAGAAAGAUGCUAAUGGCAAAGUGAGGGGUCAAAAAGUGAUGAAGAUUUGAAGGAAGAAAAAUAUGCUAUUAUCCUCAAUUCUUUCUUGAAUUGUUGCCAACGUUGGGAUCUCCGAGGUCAAAAAAAAAAAAGAGAGAAAAAAAAAAGUUGUCUCCUGUUGUAUAUAUAUAUAUAUAUAUAUAUAUAUAUAUAUAUAUAUAUAUAUAUAUGAAGAGUAGCGGAGGGUUGGAUCAGAUUUGGGUUAGAGAAUGAGGAAUUCAAUAACUAUUAUGCUGCUUCUGCCGUACAAGGAAGGGUUGAAUGAGUGCUGAAGACUUCUAGAGGAGGAAGCAGCAUUCUGCGGAAACUGCAUUAUUUGGGUCAUCGACGUCUUGCUUUUUCUUGUCAUUCUGGUUAUGCUGGAUGUCCAGUUUGAAAUAUUGGACCUGUAAAUAGGUGUUAUAGUAGCAUCUCUGUCACCAUGUUGACAUUGUGUAUCUUAAGUUUCCAUCCAGUGGAUUUCAGAUGUUUCUUUUCAUAA